AUGCGAACGUCUACCUUUUUUGGUGUUUUAACUUUUUUCGCCGUGGGUAUUACAGCUGUUCCCAUCGGUUGCAAUUCGCCCGCUGUUCAGCGACGUGGGGACAAUUCCGGUACAAAAUCCGACGUCCCCCAAAACGGACAAGGCGGUCCAACUGAGGGCAAUCCCUUGGAAAUAAUUAAGCUCCCCACAAAAGGCGGGCGAGAGGCAGAGCACGCAAUUUUACCAUCUGGUUCACAUUGCGUCGAAUGCGAUGACGAGUUAUUUUUUGUGGGCUCUAUGAGAAAUCAUCAGAAUAGAAGACCGAAAUGUAAGGGCAAGGGGUAUUAUGUUAAACAAAAGUUGACGCACAUUAAAGAACACGUGCAGGCAGAAUGA